AUGUCUUUACUAUCGGCAACAGUCCGACAGACCGCAGUCAGACCGCAGUACUUGCAUCUGGCCCUGCGCACAUACUCAGGCGUCGCCUGUACCAAAUACAACCCGGCAUCCCAAGCCAAAAAAUCUUACACCCUCACAUCAAAGCGCCCUAUCUCAUCGACACACCAAAACCAAAACACAGAGUACUUCCCUGCGCCGAAGACUCCUAAUGUCAAAGAAGUACAAACAGCAUGGACACACCCAGUCUACACCGAGGCCCAAAUGCAAAAUAUCAGUAUUGCACACCGAAAGGCUUCAAAUUGGUCAGACUGGGUUGCUUUGGGAACUGUGCGCGUCUUCCGAUGGGGCAUGGACUUUGCGACAGGAUACAAACACCCCAAACCUGGCCAGGAGCUUCCAGCUAUGUUCAAAAUGACAGAGAAGAAAUGGCUGGCGCGAUUUGUCUUCUUGGAGAGCGUCGCAGGUGUGCCGGGAAUGGUUGGUGGUAUGCUGCGACAUUUGCGCAGUCUUCGAAAAAUGAAGCGGGACAAUGGAUGGAUUGAAACCCUUCUUGAAGAAGCAUUCAACGAGCGUAUGCACCUCUUGACAUUCCUGAAACUGGCCGAACCAGGAUGGUUCAUGCGCGUCAUGGUUCUUGGAGCCCAAGGUGUCUUCUUCAACGGCUUUUUCCUUGCCUACCUGGUGUCCCCACGCAUCUGCCACCGAUUUGUUGGAUACCUCGAGGAAGAGGCUGUCAUCACCUACACUCGCGCCAUUGAGGAACUUGAGGCCGGCAAACUCCCCCAGUGGAAUGAGCUCGACGCACCCGAGAUUGCUGUCCAAUACUGGAAGAUGCCAGAGGGCCAGCGGAAGAUGAAAGAUCUGCUGAUGUAUGUUCGUGCUGACGAAGCGAAGCAUCGCGAGGUCAACCAUACUCUCGGAAACCUCAACCAGACUAUGGACCCCAACCCGUAUCAGACGGAGUACACCGACCCCACUGGCGAUCACCCGAGCAAGGGCAUCGACACCCUCAAAGAGACUGGGUGGGAGCGGAAGGACAUCUUCCAUACUCCAUUCAAGAACUAA